AUGACGUCUUCACCAACCCCAGAUCAACUAAGUUCUCCUGCCAUAGACCUAAAGUAUCUACGAGCGUAUACAUCAAGUGGAGGACAAACAAAGCUCUUCCCAGGCAACAAACAUCUUGUGAUCCAUAAAAGAGAAGUAUUGUUGGUGAAUGGAGCCAGCUUGUCCAAGAAGUUCACCUUCGAUGAGGAUGUGGUGACAGCUACUUUCACUUGUUUUACUCAUUCGGAAUCAUUAGCUACAGAAAGUGAACCCUCACUUGUAAUAUGCCUCGCCAAGUCGGCAUUCAUCUACACCAACGGUAAAGACUAUACAGUGAGUUUCCCGUUUGUGCUACGGUCGGCUCUCCCGUUUGAAUUUGGUUUAUUGUUAGAGAAGGGCCAGUUACAAACAUAUCCUUCAGAGCUGGGGAUCAACUCGGCCACGUUCUUGUCCUUGGUGGAUCCCAUAGGCGAGUUUCGAGUGAUCACGUCGUCUUCCACUUCGACAAUAUCUCCAUAUGAAGAAAUGGUGGCAUUUCCACUAAAGGGCUUGAAUAAAACCUCUUCUUUAUGUGCCACUUAUAACCGGCACGAUAAGGUAAUCGUGAUAUACCACAUACGAACCUCCAAUAAAAACAACGGGAAGCGUCUCAAUUCCUUUAAGUACUCGAAGAGGAAAAACACUUUCUUGACCACUCCCAAUCCUGCCAGAAUUCUUGAAGAUGAAAGCUUACACAUCGACUAUAGUAAUGGGAAUAUGUCCAAUCAUAUGCUGAUAACCUCGUCUAUAAACAUGGAAAAAAAAAGGACAAGCACCCUAUUAUCGGAUGCUUCUUCAAUGGCUCGAAUGGGAUCAGAGCUGUCGAUCUCAGAGCUUUCAAAACCUAUGGAAAUGGCUCUCAAGAAAGAUAUGAUCCUUACAAGAGUAGAGGUCCUUAGCAUCCAGGUUGACCGGAAAAAUUUGGACAUCUAUAACUUGUGUUACGAAGAACAAGAAGCGAUUAUCAUCAUGAACAGAUAUAAGAAAGAAGCAAAGGUAUAUAUUUUCAACCAGCUGAUAACUGCAAUUCCUCAGUAUCAACUGACGUAUUCCAUCAAAUGUCUUCAUUGCGUUCCGUUGAUGAAUUCAGAGUUCCCGGGAUACAUUGUGGUCUUGAGAGAAAGCAAUGUCAUUCAGAUCUUGAACCCAUUUGUGGAUGUCACCUCCGCCCCAAUAACCUUAUCAGGCCAGUAUCCAACAAUUUCUGGACUUCAAUGCGCAUGUGACGAGGACAUUGCAUUAAUAGGAUCAGAUGGUGAUACUUUCAUACUUAAACUUGUGAUGAAACCCAGUUCUGAUAUUGUCUUAAAAUGUCUUCAAUGCUUCAAAUACCUCAGUGGGUCAAACAUCAGUGAAACCAUCUGGACACUCUGGCGUACAGCUCUUAUGCUUGAUGACUAUAAAGACGAUUGGUGGGCAUUUGUGGUGACAAUUCUUGCGAUAUUGUUACCCAUGGAUUCUGAAGUAUCUAAUUAUGAGCUAAACGAAAUAACGGUAUUGCUACCUUUGGCCAAAAAGCUCAAUGAACAACUAAAUGAUGACUACCUUUUCCGUGAAAUGCUCCCAUAUAUCGCCAUAUCUCUUCAUCUCAUCAGAGAGGAGGCAAAGCUUGAUGUUUUGGCUCACGAUUCUUUGGAUAAAAUUGGCUUGUUCUUGACUCAAUUAUGUACGUGGAUGGGCUGGCCGGAGGCUUGGUGCAAGUAUUAUAUGGUCGACAUAAACAAGAUUGAUGGAGAACCAAGGAUGCCUCUGGUAUUUGUUAUACCCCAACCGCCCAAUAUCUUGGAGUCAUUGAGCAGUUUGUUCAACGAUUCCAUAGUUCAAUACCUUACUUUCUCCCAAUUAGUGGAGGAGAGUUUUGCAGCUGAUGAAUUGAUUAUCCCAAGAACCCAUGCGAUCUUGAAGCUCUUUGAGUUGAUUGUUUCGCCCAAUUAUGGUCCCAAUAAUGUGGUGGAUUUGAUGUGUGAAUUGGGCUUCACGAUCCAAGACCUCGAAACCUUUCCUCUCGGUGUUCGGGUGCCAUUAAAGGAAGCAAUUCUGUACUGCCAGGAGAAUCCUGACUUUCAAUGGAACCCCAAAGCUUUGGACUUGGUUGGAAGAAAAGAGUUGAACAUGUUCUUAAGGUCCGGUUCUUACCAACCACCAACGUCACUCUAUACACAAUUUGGCCCCAACACCAACCAACUUCCUAGAGAUAUAAACCACAUACUUUCUGGAGUCCUCGAUGGAACGGAGCAAGUAUCUGCUUGGGAUGAUCAAUCAGAGGCUGACAGAAUUGGUAUCACCAAGUUGAUCUUUGAUCACGACAGAAGAUACUAUGAGAUCACCUCUUUAUUGCACCAAACAAAGGCCCAAACGGCCACUUUAAUUACUGAAGAGGGAAAGUCUGACUUCGAUGUGGUUGUGCUCCAAAGAGCUUUGGCAGCAAUUGUUGCUCUUCGAACACUUUCUAUUCCCUUGGGAAGAGCCUCUUUAUAUUAUGGAGGAAGAAUGCCACUAUUAACAGAGAAGUUUCCCAUCCCCAAAUUCAAUUUGAAUACGGUGGUUGCACCUAAGAUGACGAAUAUUGUGCUUCAUGACGGCGCUGUUGAUGAAAAAGUUAUCGAAUGGGGAUACUUCCACAAUGGAGUUGCAGCAGGUUUGAGCAUCAGCAAACAGUCCAAAGGAAUCUCUGGAAGUUGGAUCAUCUUCAACAAGCCCCCGUCUUUAAAUGCCCAACAUGCGGGUUUCUUAUUAGGACUUGGCCUCAAUGGGCACCUUAAGAACUUGGAGGAGUGGCAUAUCUAUAAUUAUUUGGGUCCCAAGCAUCCUUUGACAAGUGUUGGUUUACUUGUUGGAAUGGCAGCCAGUAAUAUGGGAACAAUGAACAUCAAGUUGACUAAGGUGUUAUCGGUUCAUGCUGUCGCAUUAUUACCACAGGGUGCUAAUGAUUUAAAUGUACCGGUGAUGGUUCAAACAGCUGGGUUGUUGGGAAUUGGGUUGUUAUAUUUGGAGAGUCAACAUAGGCGGAUGAGCGAGACUUUAUUGGCUCAAAUAACCAGCACCGUAUCCCAAAAUGAUUCAGAGCAGAUACAUGAAGGUUACCGACUAGCUGCUGGGAUUUCAUUGGGAUUUGUCAAUUUAGGCAAAGGAAAAGAUUUGAAAGGAUUAAAUGAUACUAGGGUCGUGGACCGAUUAUUGGCAUUGGCUACUUCUAUGAAAGACUACCAACCAGUGCAAGAGCUUGAUAAGUCUUGUAGUGGAGCGAUUAUGGCAUUGGGGUUCAUACACAUGAAGACCGAAGAUGUUACCAUUGCCAACAAGCUUGGAGUUCCUCAGUCUGAACAGUUGUUGGAUUAUAUCCGUCCCGAUCUUCUUCUUUUGAGGUGCGUAUCUAAGAAUAUCAUUAUGUGGAGUUCAGUCAACAAUACAAGAGGUUGGGUAGAAUCUCAGAUUCCUGAAUCCUUGUUGGCACGAUACGGGAAAGGAAACGCUGAUAACUUAGAUAGUGAUCAGAUUUGUUACUAUAAUGUACUUGGAGGUACUUGUUUAUCAAUAGCAAUCAAGUACGCCUCAACUCACGACAAAACUGCUCGUGACACAUUGCUCCAUUAUUUGGACCAAAUGAUGGUAGUGGCCAUGACUCCUACCGAGAAGUAUGAUCAAAAAAUCACUUGCAAUGCUGCUACCAACAUUCAGAAUCUUUUAGCACUUUCUAUCUCUGUGGUGAUGGCAGGAUCCGGAGAUCUUGAGACAUUUAGGAGACUCAGAGUUUUGUAUGGGGAUACAAGUAAAGACACCAACUAUGGGAAUUAUAUGGCCAUCAAUAUGGCAUUAGGGUUUUUGUUUCUUGGUGGUGGGCAAUAUGCUUUUGGCAAUUCGAAUUUGGCAAUUGCAAGCUUAAUAGUGUCUUUAUAUCCGGUAUUCCCCAACAAUAACAGCGAGUAUGAGGUACAUUUACAGGCUUUAAGACACUUUUGGGCCAUUUCGGUGGAUCCCAGAUGCUUGAUUGUGAGAGAUGUUGAUACCCAUAAGCCAUCCAAAAUUCCUGUCACACUUCGACUUCGGAAUGGACAAGUCAAGAAAGCCACUUCUCCUUGUUUGUUACCUUCUCUUCUGUCAAUUUUGAGUAUUCAGACCGAUUCAUUGGAUCAUUUCAAAGUUCGAAUUGACUUUGGCUCCAACCCCGAUUACUUGGAAAUCUUCAAGAAAGCACUUACUCUUUUUGUUUACAAAAGACAAAACUAUCAAAUGCUCAAGUCUUCAGUCAAGAACUUGCUAGAGUACGAGAAUAGAAGCUUGCAAGUGGAAAACAAUGAAGUUAAAGUUGAUAAAGACAUAGAAAAAAUUCUCAGCUUAAACUUUAUGAAACCCAUCUCUGCCCACGAAAAGAAGGUAUAUCUUUAUGAAUCCAGCAGUCUCAGCAAUGACACCAGUUUGAAUGAUCUUGGAUUGUCUGUGUUUAUAAUCAUUGACACAAAACUCGAGUUGCAAAGAGUUGCAAGUAAUCCUAAAGCUGUGGAUGAUUUGAUGAAUCUUAAGUUAAUCUUCUCGUACAGUGAUAAGCUCUUCAGCGACGACAUGCGCCAUAUCCCAUUAGAGUUCGUGGAGAUGUUGAAACACUCUGUAUGGGAACUCACACGCUCAUGAUCAAGAAUAUAGGAAGCAGCAUGGCUGCAAAUAAUUGAGAACAGAGAAUCGCGCUUGGUUGUAAAUAGUCGUCAAUACAUUUACUAUUUAACAG